AUGACUCUCCAGGCCAACGCCAUAUAUCCGAGGCCGGACCAGAGCUUCAUUAACUUUCCGAGCAGAAGGAGUACUGUCCACAGUACCAAUGGCAUUGUAGCUUGCACUCAGCCUUUGGCUGCUGCAGCUGGCCAAAGGAUCUUAAUAGAAGGAGGAAAUGCAGCGGACGCUGCUGUAGCAGUUGCUGCCGUUUUAAAUGUCACCGAGCCGACCUCAACGGGUAUUGGAGGGGAUAUGUUUUGUCUCUUUUACAACGGUGAGACGAAGAAGAUUAGUGCCAUGAAUGGCUCUGGUCGUUAUGCAGCAAAAGUCGCGUUGGAAGACGUUCGCAGAGACUUGAAGCUGUCUCCCGAUGAAGCUGGAAGCAUACCCUUGACAAGUGCCCUAGCAGUGACAACGCCUGGCGCGGCGGCAGGAUGGGUGGACACUAUUGAGAAGUUCGGUAGUGGAAAGCUAUCACUAGAGCAGAUCUUAUCACCUGCUAUUGAACUGGCAGAAGAAGGUUUCCCUGUUUCCGAGCUGGCAUCGCAUUUUUGGCAAGCCGGCGAAAGGCAGGUGCGCAAUGCAUCUCCCAAUUUCAGAGAGAUGCUCAAAAAUGAUCCGUCUGCAAAGGAUGGAGUGAGAGCGCCCUUGCCGGGAGAAAUAAUGAAAAACCCCACACUAGGGCGAACAUUCAGGACAUUAGCCGCGGAAGGGAAGAAGGGCUUCUACGAAGGUCGCAUUGCGCAAGAGCUGGUCAAGGUCGUUGGAGAUCUAGGAGGGUAUCUUACUCUGGAUGACUUGAAAAGGCAUGCCGAAAUCGGAAGUCAAGAAGUAGACGCGAUCUCACUGGUGUUCAGUGGGCAAGGUGUGGGUAAGAAACAGGGCCAUGCUAACCCCCAAGAUGGCGUGGAAGUAUGGGAACAUCCCCCGAAUGGUCAGGGAAUUGUAGCUUUGAUGGCAUUGGGUAUUUUAGAAGAACUCGAGCGCUCAGGCCAGAUCCCUCACUUCACACCUGAGCAGCAUAAUUCGGCCGAAUACCUUCACGCCGUCAUUGAGAGUCUACGAAUCGCGUUUGCCGACGCUAGCUGGUGGGUGACAGACCCUGAUGUCGAGAAAGUGCCUACUAAGGAAUUAAUUUCUCGCCCUUAUUUGGCUGAACGUGCGAAGCUAUUCAACCCCAACAAGGCAUCGGAUAUCCUGGACCAUGGAAGUCCUGCUCAUAACCAUUGUGACACUGUCUACUUUGCCGUCACGGACAAGGAUGGCAAUGGCAUUUCGUUCAUCAACAGCAACUAUGCUGGGUUUGGCACUGGUAUAAUUCCAGCUCGAUGUGGCUUCACGUUGCAGAACCGAGGUUCCAAUUUCUCACUCGUACAAGGCCAUCCCAAUGCAUUGGCCCCGGGGAAGCGUCCAUAUCACACGAUAAUCCCUGCGAUGAUUACUAACCUGGAUGGGUCGCUGCAUUCCGUGUAUGGUGUAAUGGGUGGUUUCAUGCAACCGCAAGGUCAUGUACAGGUUCUCUUGAAUAUGUUGGCCUUUGGCUACGACCCCCAGGCGGCACUUGACUCACCCCGCAUCUGCAUUGGGGCGGGUAUGCCUGAGGCAGGAAAGGUAUUGGACCGUGUGGUUUAUGUAGAGGAUGGCAUCAGCGAGGCGACAGUAUCUGGCCUGCGUCAGCUGGGACAUAAAGUUCAAGUAUUGAAGGGGCAUGAGCGGGGUAUGUUUGGACGUGGGCAGUUGAUCAGAGUGCAUCGGGAUGAGGGGAAAUUGAUCUACAGCGCUGGAAGCGACCUCAGGGGUGAUGGCAUGGCCAUUCCGCUGUAG